AUGCGUUUGCCUGUAACGCCGCGUGAAAGAAAAAAUUCUUUGUUUUGUGACGUCGACUGUGGCUUCACUGUAAUGUUACUUGGAGAUAGUUGUACGGGCAAAACUUGUAUUUUAAUUCGUUUCAAGGACAACACUUUUAUGAACAAUAAUUUUAUCUCGACUGUGGGCAUUGAUUAUAGAGUUUGGGACACUGCAGGUCAAGAACGUUUCCGCAGCCUAACAGCUUCUUACUACAGAGAUGCCGAUGCCCUUUUGCUUAUUUAUGAUGUAACAAAUCGUGCAAGCUUUGAACAUAUAAGGGAUUGGCUUGCCCAAGUUAAGGAAUAUGCAAAGGAUGAAGUUGCUUUAACUCUGGUUGGGAAUAAAGUGGAUUUGGGACAUCAAAGGAAAGUUAGGGCAGAUGAAGGACGACAACUUGCAAAGGAUUAUGACAUUCCUUUCAUCGAGACAAGUGCAAAAUCUGGCCAAAAUGUGAGCGAAAUGUUUUUUGACCUUACAACAAGGCUUUUAAACGCUGUUGAGGCAAAUAAAGAAGGAGAAAAUGAUGAAAAAGAAAGAAAGGCAUCUGUUUUGGAAUUGAGUGCAGAAAUUAAUGGAAGGCAUGGAGACGGUAAUUAUUGGCGGUUUACGAGUUGUUGUGGAGGGGGAAAGGCUUAA